UCUGCUGUCCGCCAGGUAGUUGUGGACUUAAAACCAUAACAUUGGGAUUGUGUGCUGUUGCCAUUGUAAAUAUUCUAAGUGUCGAGACACUAGAAGCGCCUGUCUUUGUAACGAAGGACUUAAGGUUUUUUUGUAAAACAUAAAAAAUGGCUCUUGUUCUGUGCAAGAAUGUUUUGAAGACAAGCCAGUUUUCUCUUGUUUCUCUUUCGAGAAGCAGCUCUGGUGUCUUCAGCAGUUGUAUGCUUAAGAACAGUUACUCUAAAAGCGCAUCUGAAAAGACUGAAGAAAAUUCACCAGUGACGAAGUCUGUGUUCAUUUCUCAAUCAAGUGACGUUUUCACUAAUCUUGCUCUUGAGGAUUGGCUGUACAAAAAUUUCGAUUUUACCAACCACCACGUUUUGCUCUUGUGGCGUAAUUCACCAUGUGUUGUAAUUGGGAGACAUCAAAACCCAUGGCUUGAAGCAAACACUGCAAACCUGUCUUACCAGGGAGUUGAACUAGCGAGGCGUAACAGCGGAGGCGGCACAGUGUAUCACGAUCGUGGCAACCUGAACCUUACCUUUUUCACGCCAAGAAAUAAGUACAAUCGAAGAAACAACCUUGAAAUUAUAAGUAGAGCGCUGUACAGGGAAUGGGGAAUUGAAACCUCGAUAUCUCCCAGAGAAGAUGUUAUCGUCGAAGAGAAUUACAAACAGAUCUCUGGUACAGCAUCAAAACUGGGUCGUCCAAAUGCAUACCACCACUGCACGCUCUUGGUUGAUGUUAACAAAAUCAGCUUGCGGCAAUCGCUCCUGAAACAAGACAUGGGAAUAUCAACUAAUGCAACAAAGAGUGUGCCUGCUCCCAUUAUUAACUUGUGUGAAAUAAACAGACAAGUCAAGAUUGGUAAAUUGCUCUCUGCCAUUGGAUGGGAAUAUCUAAGAACAUGUCCAAUAACAUUUGAAGAUGGUGGAAAGGAGCAAAUUUCUAAACAACGUGGUUUCCAGAUGAUUAAUCCCACAGAGUCCUGGUUUCCAGGUUUGGAAAAGAUAAAAGAAGAAUUUUCCAGUUGGGACUGGUGCUAUGGAAAGACACCAAAAUUUGAGGUAACUCGGUCGUUUCCUGUGUGUCAGGAAACUACUGGAGAAAGCACCAAGGAAUUAAAAAUAACACUGUUUGUUGAAAAGGGCAUUAUUCAAAACGUGACACUGACUGUUCCACCUGGCAUUAAAUCUGCUAAUGGUUUUCAUGGUGAAGCUCGUGUAGUCACAUCACUGAGGGGAAGGCGUUUCUCUGAAGAAGCUGUCUUCAUUUUGGAAAAUUCAUUGCAGGCCAUGAAGUUUCAUGAGAAUGAUCUGGUACACACAGUAGCAGUAGGAAAAAAUGAUUUUUUAGGGAACCGUAGGCAGCAUGCUAUACAUUCAAUGUGAAAAAUUGUGUAACUGUAAUUAGUAGUACCACAGACAAUCUUUUUUCACUUCCUGCUACUGUCAACUGUUCUCAGUUGGAGUAAAAUAUUAUUUGAAAAAGUUAUCAUAAUAUGAACAAAAAUCAUGUUUUGUGUGAAAAUGUUAUUGCUGUAAACAAUUCAUUCAGUGGGUUUUGCUUCGUCUAGAUUCUCCACGAUUUUUGCUAUUAUUCUGUAUCAUAACUUCUUGCUUCAUAAGAACUGUAAUAAUUGCAAUAGUAACAAAAUAUUUAUUAAAAAUUCAUUCAGAUGAUGUGUUAAACUGGUGCUUAGUGUUAUUGCUUUCCUUGUACAUAAAAAUCUUAAGUCCUUCUGAAAAAAGGACUGUUGGUUGCUAUUUAAGAAAUAUCACUGCCUUAAUAUAUGUAUUUAUUGCUGACUGGCCUAUUUUACAGGCUACUUAACUUUUUCUGUAAUGUAAAGUUGUCCAUUUUUGUGAUUUGUAGCUGUCUUCAAAUAUUUGUAUAUUAUGUGUUGAUUAGUUUUUUUUCUGGUGAUUGCCACCUUGAGUUAUUGUAUGUGGGAUGCCUAUGAAUUCCCAUUUUCGUUUUUAAAUAUUUUUAUUUUUGGCUGUUGAAAUACAGUUCACAAGAAUACAUCAUAUCAAAAGCCUUAGUUAAACAGUUUUCUGUGGUUUGUAUGUAUACUGUAGUUAUUAUUUUGUAACAAAUCUUUGUUAAUUAUAUGUGAUUAUUAAUGUACUGCUUUUUAUUAUAUUUUUGUUUUUUCUGUUUUGUCAGUGCAUGUAAAACUUUUAAAGUAAGGAACUGAAAAUCAUUGUGAUAUAAUAUGCACACAGAAAUGUAUGUCUAUUACUAAUUUUAAGUACUGUGCUGUUUGAGAACUAUAUAGGCAGUUGUAACAACUGGAAUGAAAAGUAAAGUUUUUAAUUUUUCUAUAA